ACCCUGCAGAGCACUGCAGUCAGUCAUGGCUCGUCCUGUAAGUCAGAUGUGGACAUGGACUCUGUGUGUCCUUUGGAGUGGGAUAUGUGUUGCUCAACAGGCUACAGUACCCCAUUACAUGGUGACCAUACCUGCAGUUCUAGAGGCUGGAGCUGAGACUAAAUUCUGUGUGAGCCUCUUGGAACCAGGUGAAAUGAUGGCCAUGACCAUCACUUUGAGGUCCCAGGAAAAGAACACAACUCUUUAUGAGAAAUCGUCCAGCACAGAGUUUCAUGACUGCAUUCAGUUUCAGGUUCCUUUAGUAACAAACGAAGAUGUGCAAACAUUUGAGGUGGAAGUACGAGGAAACACUUUUCACUCAGUAGAAGCCAGAAAAGUCAUGAUUAAAGCCUAUAAACCAAAGACCUUUAUCCAAACGGAUAAACCGAUCUACCUCCCUGGACAGACAGUGCAUUUCAGAGUUGUCACAUUGGACUCCAAGUUAAGACUUGCCAAUGAGCUGUAUAACAUCAUUGAAGUGGAGGAUCCUCUCAACAACAGGAUUGGACAGUGGCUCAAUGAAACCUCCAAUAGCAAAAUACUACAACUUUCUUACUCCUUGAACUCUGAGGCUCGUGACGGAUCUUAUGAAAUCAUUGUCUCAGUGGGUGAAAGAAAAACAUAUCACAGCUUCAAGGUUGAGAAAUACGUUUUGCCCAAAUUCUCUGCAACAGUAAAUGUAAAAGAUGAAAUAAGUAUUGGGUCAGAAGAAUUUGAUGCUGAAGUAUGUGCAAAGUACACGUAUGGACAGCCUGUGCCAGGAAGUAUUACAGUUAAGGCGUGUCGACCUAUUAUGCACUAUUAUUUUGGUCCGCAAGCUAGAAGCCCAGACGAAGAUGAGAUAACUGAGCCAUGUGACACAAAGACAAAGGAGACAGACAAUACAGGAUGUGCUACAUUUGAAUUCAAAAUGUCAGCAUUUACCAGAAUUGACAAUAAGAUAUUGCAAGACCAAUUGUACAUCAGUGCCACUGUGGAAGAGGAAGGAACAGGUGUUUCACAUUCACAAAUGAAUAAAAUAAGGAUUUCAUAUGUUAUUGGAAGUAUCUCUUUUGUUGACACUCCCAAGCUUUAUGAACAAGGAAAAAAUGUGGAAGGGAAAGUUAAAGCAGUUCAUUACAAUGACACGCCUAUUGCUCACAUGCCGAUACACCUGUUUAAGGGUGAAAGGUGGUCCGCUCAGCUGGUGCAAAAUCUCACAACUGACAUAAAUGGUAUUGCCACCUUUUCUCUUAGCACGGACACAUUUAGUGGUGAUGUUCAUCUCCACCUAAGCAAGACACCAACUUUGGAGUUUCCUCCAUAUAGAGCUUCUCACUAUGACACAGCACAUCAUGUAUUGUCUAUUUCCCAACCACCUUCAUAUGAGACCAAAACAGUCAGCUCACUAGAGGUGCAGCAGAGUACAAAACUUUCUUGUGACAAAGAAGAGGACAUCAAUGUUCUGUACACGUUUGUGCAUGAACCCAAGGGUUCUAUGGAUGUUGUGUAUCUGGUCCUAUCUAGAGGAGCUAUUGUUGUCCAGGGACGAAAACAGGUCCAACUAGAAGAUAAAUCUGUGAAUGCAGGCAUGGUGUCCUUUAAGUUGACAAUGACUCCAGACAUGGCACCAGAGAUCCAGUUUGUGGUUUACGCUGUCCUGUCCAGUAAGGAUGUGAUUGCUCACAGUGCUGAUUUCUCUACUGAGAAAUGCUUCAGUAAUCAGGUGUCGCUGGAGUUUUCUACAUCUUCAGCUGUACCAGGAGAGGAGACCAAAAUGCGUCUGAGUGCCCAGCCGGACUCUUUGUGUGGUGUCAGUGCCGUUGAUCAGAGUGUGCUUAUCAAGGAGCCAGGAAAGACUCUGGAUGCUGAUAAGAUAUUCAACUUGCUGCCUGUCAGAAAAGUCACAUAUAUCCCAUAUCAAAUUCAAGAUGAUACGCAGUGUUUACAUGUGAGGCCAAAGAGAUAUGUUCUACCUUAUCCUGGUCAAGAUACCAGUGAUGCCCACACAGUUUUCCAGAAUGUUGGACUGAAGAUAGCAACAAACCUUCAUAUAAAAGUGCCCUCAUGUCUCAAAUUUAAGGGAAGAGAAUACCAUCUAGGUUAUGUAGGGUAUGGUAUUCAAUAUUCGAAAAUGGAUUCAAUGGCUGCACCAGGCUUGUCAAGAGGUAUUCCAGCAGUUGGAGCAUCUCUCGGUCCCAUGAACAACGCUGAACCAAUCGAGACAGUCCGGACCUUCUUCCCAGAGACUUGGAUAUGGGAUCUGGUGGAAACUGGAGAGUCUGGAUCAAAGGAUGUUUCUGUAACUGUCCCAGACACCAUUACCACCUGGGAGACGGAGACUUACUGUUUGUCCCCUAAUGGUUUCGGUUUAGCUCCUCGACAAAAGCUCACAGUCUUCCAGCCUUUCUUCCUUGAGCUCACCCUGCCGUACUCCAUCAUCCGGGGAGAAAACUUUGAACUGAAGGCAACCGUUUUUAACUACCUGACCAGCUGCAUUAUGCUGAAAGUGACAGCAGACCCCUCUGCAGAUUUCACCCUCACCCCUCUCUCUGGUGACCAGUACACCACCUGUCUGUGUGGCAGUGAGCGCAAGACCCUCAGCUGGACUAUGACUCCCACCUCCUUAGGGGUUGUGAAUGUGACGGUGACUGCUGAGGCAAUUACAUCUCAUGUCUCUUGUGACAAUGAGGUUGUGAGCGUUCCAGAGAGAGGUCGCAUUGAUGUUGUAACCCGGCCUCUCAUCGUAAAGGCUGAAGGAAUUGAAGUGACAAAGACUCACAACUGGCUCCUCUGCCCUGAAGGAAAAGCUUUGACAGAGAAAACAGAGCUGCUCCUUCCUGAAAAUGUGAUUAGUGGAUCUACUCGUGCAUCAGCAUCGGUCCUGGGUGACAUUCUGGGCCGAGCCCUGAAGAACCUGGAUGGACUGCUGCAGAUGCCGUACGGAUGUGGAGAGCAGAACAUGGCUCUAUUGGCUCCUAACAUCUACAUUCUUGAAUAUCUACAGAGUACACAGCAGCUGACUCCUGCCAUUAAAGAAAAGGCCUUUAACUUCUUAACCAGUGGGUACCAGAGACAGCUGAACUACAAAGACCAUGAUGGUGCAUACAGCACGUUUGGAACAGGACCAGGAAACACUUGGCUGACGGCUUUUGUACUGAGAUCGUUUUAUAAAGCUCAAACAUUUGUUUACAUCGACCCAACAAAGAUUGAAGAAUCAAAGACUUGGUUGGUGAACAAACAACGUAAAAACGGCUCUUUUGAACAGUCAGGAAAGCUCUUUAACAACAAAAUGAAGGGUGGAGUGUCUGAUGAAGUGACACUAAGUGCUUACAUAACUGCUGCCUUCUUGGAAAUGAAAAUGCCCACAGAUGAUCCUGUAAUGGCCAAAAGUCUGUCGUGGCUCAAAGGCUCCAUCAAUGACUUCAGCAACACCUACACUACAGCUCUGCUGGCGUAUGUCUUCUCUCUGGCAGGGGACAUGGAGACCAGUGAUCACCUUCUGCAACAUCUUGACUCAGUUGCAGUUAAACAAGGGGGUUCAACCCACUGGUCUCAGACAGCAUCAGAAACAUCCGCCUCUCUGUCUGUGGAGAUCAGCUCCUAUGUGAUGAUGGCCAAACUCACUCAGUCCCACUCUGCUGAAGACCUGGGCUAUGCCUCCAGCAUUGUUCGGUGGCUGACGAGUCAGCAGAACUAUUAUGGAGGCUUCUCUUCUACUCAGGACACGGUGGUGGCGCUCCAGGCUCUGUCUCUCUACUCAAGUCGAGUUUUCAGUCCAGAAGGUUCAAGCACAGUGACAGUUCAGUCUCCCAGUGGAGAGCUGAAGUUUGAUGUGAAUCAGGACAACAAACUGCUCUACCAGGAGAAGAUGCUGCAGGACACAACAGGAGAGUACAGUCUGGAGGUGAAGGGCACUGGAUGUGCCUCUGUUCAGAUUACUCUUCACUAUAACAUCCCACCUCCUCCUGAUGUCACUACGCUUAAUGUGGAGGUCAAACCAGAGUACGACACAUCUCAAAAACCCAAACUCACUCUGCUGAUUAAGUCACUGUACAGUGGAAAGGAAGACAACACCAACAUGCUGAUCCUUGAUAUCACCUUGCUUUCUGGAUUCAUCCCAGACUCUCAGUCUUUGAAGGAACUUGAAAGUGCUCUGCUGGUGAAUCGUGUUGAACAAAAGGAUGGUCACGUUCUGGUGUACUUGGAAGGGCUUAUGAAGGAUGUACCAGUCAACCUCAGUUUGGUACUUUUACAGCAGAUCCCAGUGCACAAUCUAAAACCAGCUGUGAUUGCCCUCUAUGACUACUACCAGCCAAGUGACCGAGCUGAGAGAGAAUAUACAGCAAUGUGACUGAUCAAGCUUGAAGAAUGAAGCUCGGCCAAUCCUGAAGUCAUCACUGAUUCCUGUUUCAAGUAAACUUUUACAAACACUGUUUAUGAACAGUGUCCUCGUGUUGUAGUUGGGUUAUAUUGAUAACUUUUAUUUUGUUAGUAUUUUGUCACACCUGUGUAACUGUGAAAUGUGCUCAUGUGACACAUGACAAAUGAUUACAAUAAAGAGAUUUGAUUGACCCUCCUAAAA